GCGAAUUCUUAUUUUGAGAAUAAAAAUAUGAAAUUCUCAUCUUGUGAAAUGACAUUUCUUAAUGCCAACAUAAAAAACAGCGAAAAUUUAAAGAACAUGUGGGCUGCUAACAGAUUAUUUUUGCUGUAAUGUUGGUCAAUAUCCGGCCCAAUUGUUGUGGGCUGGAAAAAAGCCCAUGUUUAAUGAUCCCCCCAUCUCCCUCUUCCCUCCGCGGGGAAGCUCAUUGAGCGCGGAGGAGGCCGACGAUGGCCGCCGGAGACGAAACUCCGAAAGAUUUAACAUCAACUCCUUCGAUUUCUCCUUCUUCGUCUGAGAUUUGGAAGGAUAAGAUUAUCGUCCCUACUAUACUCGCAGGUAUUGCUGGUGGAGGAGCUGGACUGGUAUCGAAGCAUAGGAAAGUUCAUGGUCUUGCUAAUAUUUGCACUGCUUAUGCUACCAAUUUCGCAAUCGUAACAGGCUGUUACUGCGGUGCUCGUGAGUUUGUAAGAGCAAGCAGAACUGGGAAACCCGAUGACCUGUUGAAUUCUGCACUUGGAGGCAUUGGCAGUGGUGCUAUUUUGGGAAGGCUUCAAGGUGGUCAGCAUGGUGCCAUUCGCUAUUCUGUCAUAUUUGCCGUCGUGGGAACGUCUGUCGAUUUUGCCACCCUCAAGUUAAAACCCAUGUUGAGGAGAUUCUAUGACUCGGCAGUUGCCGGCAAAGACAGCUGGUUGAGGCUGCCGGAAUGGUCACCCAUUCAAGUCCUUGACGAGGAUGCCCUUGCUGCAAAACGCAAACGCGAAGAAGAAAUCUACAGGAGAGUUCAUGAUUUGGACAAAAAACAACAAUCUUGAGACCCAACUUUUUUUUGUUGGCAUGUAUACUGGUCGCUCCUUGUCCAAUCGUGAAGUGCAUUUGUAAACAAGCAUUGAACGAAUAUUGGCGCUUCUGUUUGCUUCAAUUUGCUCUUUUAAAGAUCAAUUGGGUCUCACAUUAUAAAGCACUCUGUGUAACAUAAUGCUAAGAAAGUAUGAAGUUUUGUUUCAUGCCUUUGGGCUUGUAACACUUCCCUUGGGCAGGGAAAUUGACAAACCAAUAUAUGCUGGUGUUUUCU